UGCUGGGCUGGGCUCGCUCUCUCUCUCUCUCAGGUCCCCCGAAACAAACCAGACCCCUCUCGCGCAGCAACGAGGCCAUGGAGAGGCUUAUCUCUUCCUCGCCGCUCCUUCGCCGCGCGCCCGUCGCCGCUGCCUCCAGGCCCCGCGCGUCCAGGCCGCCAUUCGUCGCUGCCACGCUCUGCGGCGGCGUCCGAGGGACCGGCCUCGCUUUCAUGCAGCCCCUCUCCCAGCACCGGCCGCAGGCUCCGGUUCCCGCGGCCUCCGGCUCUCCCUCGCCCACGGCGGAAGGCGAGGCCGAUGUCUCGUCCGCCGCCAAACGGAGGUUCUUCCAGAAGGUCACUUCUGCUGCAGCUGUUACUCUGCUCUCAGCAAUCACUCUGACGCUAAUCCAGCCAGCCAUGGCACCUCCGGCGGCCUUGGCACAUUUCCACCCUACCGCCAAAGCAGGCACGACCCUCUUCAAGUCUGAGCUGCUCGGCAGCGCAUGGACCGGCUUCCUCGCCGGCUGCCUGCACACCCUCUCCGGCCCGGACCACCUCGCCGCGCUGGCUCCGCUGUCCAUCGGACGAACCAGAAUGGAGAGCGCCUUCGUGGGCGCGCUCUGGGGCUGCGGCCACGAUGCCGGCCAGGUGAUCUUCGGCCUGCUGUUCCUCAGCCUCAAGGACCGCCUCCACAUCGAGGUCAUCCGCACGUGGAGCACCAGGGUCGUCGCGCUCACGCUGCUCAUCAUCGGCGCGCUCGGGAUCCGGGAGGCCACCGAGGUGCCGACGCCGUGCGUUGCGCUGGAGAACGGCGAGUGCGACGCCAGCAUGAUGGAUCACCACCACCAUCCUGUGGAGGCGCUGCCGAGCGGCAAGAAGACAAUCAAUUUCGCGACGUUCGCCACCGGGAUCGUCCACGGCCUGCAGCCGGACGCGCUCGUGAUGGUAUUGCCGGCACUGGCUCUCCCUUCGCGCGUCGCCGGUGCCGCGUUUCUCGGCAUGUUUCUUGUCGGAACGGUGGUCUCCAUGGGAAGCUACACCGUCCUGAUCGGCUCGUGUACGGAGGCGCUGAAAGAGAGGGUUCCUAGGAUCACGGAGAAGUUGACAUGGGCGGCUUCGCUUGUGGCGAUAUCAAUGGGGCUUGCCAUCCUCAUCAGCCAGUCCUUCGGUUUCACCUUGUACUGACAUGCAUUCACUUGCAACCAUGUCUUCUUCUUACUCCCUUUGUUUCUACCACCUGGAGCUUUGCUGUUACACUAGGAACCUGCUAUGAAAAUUCUUCCUGUCAUGUGAGACAUUUCAGCUUCAGCGCGCCUUCCUCUCGAGAGGCACUGCUUUAGUUAGGAUUGAUCAUCAGUUGAGUGAAUUGCAUAAGGUGAUGGAUCGUCAGAUGAGUGACAUGUGUUAUUAUCAUUUCAAAAUCCAAAUGUAUUGGUUGUACCAACCACAAGGAUUGGUUAAAACUUGGAAGCAAUUCAGUGCCCAUAGGAGAUCUGCUAUUCCUUCUGUU